UGUAGCUAAACCCUGGUUUCCCACACCUUGGAUGUCCUCCCGCUUGUAAACUAACUGAAGGGAUGACCUCAUCCCUUCAGUAAACUACUAUUCAUAGCAAUAAAGAUUUCUUGAUCAGUUUUCUUGAUCAAUUCUUCCUAAUUCUCUAUUGUUCUGAAUCGGAUUUACCAAAGUUCGCAUCAGCUCAUUCAAACUGGCCACCAUCCAGAAGUAUUCAGCAUUUACAGACUACUGAGGACUAUGGUGGAAGAAGUUAAUGUAUAGUGCCCACACCUCUGAAUAUUGGUGUUCAUAUGCUGAGAGAAAUAAUAUGAAUCUAAUAAUGCUUUCUUUGAAAGGAAAGGGUAACAUUAUUCUGGGGUGACAGAUAAAGGAAAGGAGGAACCGUUGGAUGAAGGGGUGACGAUAUUCGGCGAUUUGCUUUCUUUGACAAUCGUUCUGUCUUUCCUUCAAUUUCAGUUGUAUUCGGCGAUUUGUUUUUUAUGUAUAUAUAAUGAAAAUCUGUAAUUUUAGGAGUAGACCUGAUACAUGGGAGCAAUCUAAUGGGGAAGCUAAGUUUCAAUGCUGAACUUCUAAUAAUUUAGAGCACUCUCUUAUAAUUUAGAGUACCAAUCAUGCAGAGAAGUCCGAUCUUAGAAAACUAGGAGUGGAAUGAGUUACUAAAGAGGACGUGCAAAAGAUGCAAUGGGAAGUUUUAGUAGCAAAGACUCAAAGUUGAAUUCAUUACAUAAGGAUCGUGGUGAUAAUCAUCUCCAACACAUGUCUGCUUUCUUUUUUCGUUUUACAUGUGAUUUGUCUUUACUACUGCACUUUAUUUUCUCUUUUUUGUUUAGAUAGGUCAAGCUUUUGUUGGCUGCAGCAAAAAAAAAGUGUGAUCAAUUUUUUUGAAGGCCAUGAUAUUCUAGGGGAUCAAUGUUUUGCAGAGGUUACAACAAAUAGUGUGUCUAUCCUCUUCAGUUUUGACAAGGCUAUUUCUAAGAGAAAAUGAUCACCCAAAAAGCUAUUUGUCCUUCUUGACAUGUAUGAAAUCAUGAGAGAAGUUCAACUAGAGAUGGAACGUGGUAGAGCUUCAGUAGAUAUGGGUAACCUCCGCCGCAACCGAACAAAGGAGAUUGCGAGGAAUCAUCCAAGCUUGCACAAAGGUAAGGGACGGGCCGGGGCUUCAUCUCAAACCCGAGAUGAUUUUGAUGCGGAUUAUAACCAAAGAUAUGGGUCUGCGAUGUCCGAUGAGCAAGUAGAACAACUAUUACGACAAAAUCAAGGGGCCUUCUUCCAUCAACAAAACAUCCCGACCAUUGACGAAGAAGAGCUCGAGGAUGAUGAUGCGGAGGAGAGGGAUCCGCAAACGGUCGAGCACGAGGUUCAUGGCACACCGUACGAUGAUGAAGAGCAAGCGGAAGUGGCUACUUCUUCCCAAGGCGGUGAGAAAGCUGAAUCAGUCUUUAAGGCAAAUUUUACAAAAUUUAAAGACCCCCAAACCGAGAUAUGGUACGCCACUUGCAAGCAUUGCCCAAAGAAGUAUAACUUGGGAACUUCUGGAGGGUACGGGAGCGCCACAAGGCAUCUUAAGGCCAAGCACCCGGCGGAAUAUGUGAAAUCAGACAAAGGCAAGGGAAAGCAAACACAAAUUUCAAGAUUUGGAAGUGGCCAACCCUUCGAAGGGGAUGACUUUGACGUUCUUCAGUGGUGGAAGGAAAAAGAGAGAACGUUCCCGAUCUUAUCAAAGAUGGCUAAGCAAGUGCUAGCAAUGCCGGUAUCAACAGUUGCUGUGGAACAAGAGUUUAGUGCGGCCGGCAACGUCCUAACGGAUUAUAGAACGAGAUUAAGCGCAAACUCUCUUGAGACGCUUGUUUGCUUCCACGAUUGGUUGAAGGCCAAACGUAGAACUCAAGAAAUCAGCAUUGAACCCACUCGCCACUUUAUGGAAGAAACAACUGAAGAUGGAGGAAAUUCUAAUUGAUUCAUACUUCAUUACUUAUUAUAAAGUGUAUUUCAUGUUUUUAUUUUUGCUCAAUUUUCAAUUGUACUACAAAUAUCAAAUAAAUAUGUUUUACCCUUUUUUAUGUCCAAG